AGGCGGGGCCGACGGCCCCUAGAUAUGGCCUAUUUCCCUCGCCUGGGAAAUUACAUGCUCCGCUUCUUGGAGAGGAUGCGGCCGUCGUCGCAGGUGCCAGCCGUUCGCCGCCAGGCCGCUGCUGUGAACGCGCCCGACCUGGCCCGGGACCGCUUCUUCCUCUUGGAGCUGCCAGACGCCGGUCUGGCUCACUUCACCCUCUGCGGCGACUACGGGGAGGGCGGCACAGACUGGAGCGCCUUGGCCGCCAGAGAUCCCCGGCUGGAGGCGUUCCUCCUCGCGCCCGGGCGCACCUACUCCCUGUGCGUGCCCGCAGUCCCGGGUUCGGGCUACCGCGGCCGGAUCCUAGCUGCGCGCCUGCACCAGCACCUGCUCCAACAACUUAGCCGGGACCCCUUCCGGCAGUGCGAGCUGCGGCGCCUCCUCUGUUACUCCCCGGACAGCCGCUCCGGGAUCACGGAGAAGGGCUUCAUCCUGUGGGACCCCCACGACUGCUUGGAGAUACAGCGCGCCUUGCAGGGCCUGCUGUUUGCGUGCGAAACCCCGAGGCCACAGAUGGGCAUGUUCAAAGCCGACCACAGUGGCCUGCUGUGGCAGAGGCUGUGGGAACUCCCAGGAGUGGUCGGGGAUAAAGGGGGUACAUUUCGGGUGGUGCCCACGGAAGAGCCCCCUCUGCACCCUUUAGUGCCAGAACUGCCCAUCACUGUGGUGUUUCCCAAUCUGGAAGAAACCCGAAAAGUUUUUGAGGAGUGUAUACCUUUCAUUCCUGAAGCAAAGGAGAUCCUUAACUUGGUGGAUAAAUGCCCGAAGAAUCUCCAGAAGGGAAGAUUCCCUGUCAUUGUUAUUGAGGGUUUGGAUGCUACUGGAAAAACUACAGUGACUGAAAAAGUCUCAAAAGCAUUGAGGGCUGUUUUCCUAAAAUCACCUCCACCCUGUGUCAGCCAGUGGAGAAAAAUAUUUGAUGAUGAACCAACAAUCAUCAGGCGGGCAUAUUAUUCUUUGGGAAAUUAUAUCAUGGCUUCUGAAAUAGCUAAACAAUCUACCCAGGCUCCUGUGAUUAUAGACAGGUACUGGCACAGCACAGCUGCUUAUGCAAUUGCGACCGAGAUAAGUGGCCUUCCCCACCACCUACCUCCAGCUCAUCACUCUGUGUAUCAGUGGCCCCAGGACUUGCUCAGACCUGAUAUUGUACUGCUGCUAACUGUGAAUCCUGAAGAGAGGAUUCAUAGGAUUCUGGGACGUGGGAUGCAUAAGACAAAAGAAGAAAUUGAACUGGAAAACAACGAGUUAUUUCGUGAAAAGGUGGAAAUAUCCUAUCAGAGGAUGGAGAAUCCUUCCUGUCACACGGUGGAUGCCAACCCCAACAGGAAAGUAGUCAUCGCAACUGUUUUAAAUAUAAUUAGAAAGCAUUGUGCCUCAUUGUAGUCACUCCUGGGAGGUGACAGAUUUUACCUAAUAACACACUAAUAAAGGUCACCCCAGAAUAUAUCCUGCUAUUUUUCUAGAUCCCUUUUAGAUACUUAAAGUAGAAGAAAAAGAUGGAACUUAAUAUGUACCAUACACACAUGGACAUGGGGCUAAAAGACCUAUGUUCAAAUCCUACCUCUGAUACCUAUUACAUAUGGAAUUCUGGGGAAGUCACUUAACUGCCCUGGGCCUCAGUUUCCCAAUUUAUAACAUGAGAGGUUGGGACUCAGUCUCAAAUGUCUGUUCAAGUUUUAGACUUAUGAUCCUAAUAUCUAUGUGUCAGGCACAAGAUAAUAGCAAGAGCAUAAUAUUUGAAGUCAGAGAACCUUGGUGUGAAUUCUGACUCUGCUACUUAGUAACUGAGAUUGUGAGCAUAUUGCUUCCACUACUCUAUCUUCUAAAUUUCCUUCCAACUCUACAUCCUGUGAUCCUGUUUUAUGUAUGUGUACAGAAACACACAUGUAUAUUUGUCAUACAUAUAUAUGUAUGCAGGUACACAUACAAAAAUAUGUAUGUGCACUGCAUGUAUAUGUGAAUAUAUAUAUGUAUCCCAAACAUUCCCCUCUGGAUAAUGCUUGCAUUAUAUAAGAUAUUAUUUAUCCAGAUAUUCUCUUCCAGAUCAUGAUAUGAUGUCCUCUAGCAGUGGAUUAAUAAAGGAAUUAUUUUCCUGUCUUCUUUAUUAAAAAAAAAAUCCUGGAACAAACUGCAACUUUAAACAAUCCUGGAAUUAUUUUCUUACUUUCUUUGCUGAAAACAAACCAUGGAACAAAAAGUCUGUAUGAUCUUGCAUGUCCUCCCAAGUACUUAUUAUUUCAUUCCUGUAUAUCACCUGUAGUAUCCCUUUGAAUAUCUCUCUUUCUCAGGGAGAUAGCCGUCAUGUAGCAGUAUCCCUGAAAGUUUUCUGGCUUCAGUGAAUGCUUCUGCUAGCACUCAGAUUCUGUAUUAUAAUAACUGACAUGCUUUGGAUACACCUUUAAAGAUGUUUAUUCUUCCAACUGGAUGUCUCUCCUGAGGAUGGCUCCUGGGUCCAUCCAAUGCCACCUUCCAUCAAGAAUGGCUUCCUUGCACAGGAGGCUUAGGACUCCUAACUGGAUAAGGCACCAGACUAAAUAUGGGAGAAAGCAGCAAAGGACAUAUUUCUUCUUGGAACUGAAUCUUGGAACUUCUUUGUUGGUCUUGGACUUGCAUUUCAAAAUUGUCAAGGUAAAACUUGAGUGCAAAAUGCUCUGAGAAAUGAACAUUAGCAUUUUAACAAUUGUAUCUUCUGAAUAAAGUAUAGGUUCCCGA